AUGAAAGUUGUUGGGUUCUUUGGUGUUUACCAAGAAUCCUUCAAGAUCAUCCAAUCCCACACAAAGAUCUUCACUCAAAUCACCUUUAUUCUCAUUCUCCCUCUCCUCUCAUUCAUCUUCUUCAUUUUCAAACAACAAUCCAAUCUCCUCUUCAACGAAAUUCUACAUGACUCGCAUCAAUUAACCAAUAUCAACAACCAUGACACACCACAAUACCAGCACCUCAUUCGAAAAAUCUCUUCUAAAUGGGACACUUUCUUGUUCUUCAACUUCAUCUCCUUCACUCUCAUCCUCAUCUUCUCCAUCCUCUCCACCACUGCGGUGGUUUACACCGUCGCCACUUCCAUCUACGACGCCGGAAAAGAAACUAUGAUAAGUUUCACUGAGGUCAUCACAGGCAUUGUCCCAAAGACAUGGAAGAGGCUUAUGGUAACUUUUCUAUGCGCCAUCUUAGAUUUUCUAGCGUACAACUUUUUGGCAAUGUUAGUUACUUGGGAACUUGCAAAACCGGUUCGAAAUUACUUCGGUGUUGCGGGUUCCAUUAUUAUGGUGUUCUUAUAUCUAUCUGGGUUCGUGUAUCUGAUCAUGGUGUGGAAGAUUGCCAGUGUUGUUACCUUGUUGGAUGGAAAAGCGUGUGGAUUUGAAGCAAUGAAGAAAAGCAAGGAGCUAGUGAAGGGUAAUAUGGGAUUUUCCAUAUCCAUUUUUCUUAGCGUAAACGUUCCCUUCUUUGUGAUACUUUUUUUGUUUUUGGAGAAAGCAGCGUUUGGGAUUUUGUGUUUGUUGGUGUCAUCUCAUGUGUUGGUGUUUGAGGUUGUUCUUCUAACACUGCUCUGUUUUGUUUGCAAUAAGUCUUGUGAGAAUAAUGUUGAAAAGGUUGUUUUAGUGGAUCAAAUUAUUGAUGAACAUCAUGUUCAUAAUAAUGUUAUGAUUCCAUUUUGA